AUGUCGACUACUGAUACCUUUUCCUCUUCUUACGCUGUCAAGCUGAUCAACCCAACUUAUUCCAGGGAUAUAGAUACAGAGACAUCCGUCAGUAAUCGAUACCAGAUCACUCCACAGCAAAUCGGCCAGAGUCAGGCUAUCAACCAAGACUACAACAAGCUCCAGGGUUUGGACCGUGGUCACUUGAGCCCCAGUGGCCACCAAAGUGGCAACAACAGCAAGUGGGCCACAUUCACCCUCACCAACAUAGUGCCCCAGAACAGCACACUCAACAAGGGCCAGUGGAAAGACUACGAGAACCAAAUGAUGGCUCAGAAUACCCAGGGCUGUACAAUGACCUAUGUGAUCACGGGUGCUGUGCCUGGGAACACCUACAUCUCCAACAAGAGGGUUAACAUACCCAGCCAUAUCUGGUCAGCUGCCUGCUGCCAGACCAACACUAUCAGGAAUACUUGGGCAGUUAUUGCUGAAAACAACAAGAACCAGGUGCAGAACCUCACACGGGCACAACUGGAGACCAACUUGACCCAGCGCUAUGGGAGGGGACAGGUUUCUCUGUUCCACAGUGCCUGUCCCCCCUAACAAACCUUAUAUCCUGGGUGGAAAAGGCUCAUGAGCUUUUCCCACAUGUCAUUAGAAUCACAGAUUGCUUUGUGAUUUAUGGGACUUCAAAGAUCAUCUCGUUCCAUCGCUUUUCCUGUGCAGUGAUACCUUCCACUACACCAGGUUGCUCCAAGCCCCAUCCAACCUGGCCUUGAACACUUCCAGGGAUGGGGCAGCCACAGCUUCUCUACUCACCCUGUGACAGGGCACCACCACCCCCUCAGAAUAGAAUUUCUCCCUAACAUUUCAUGUAACCCUGCCCUUUGUCAGUGUGAAAUCAUUCCCUCUCGUCCUGUCACUCCAUGCCCUUGUUCAAAAUUCCUCUCCAGAUCUCUUGAUGAACUUCUAGGUAGUGGAAGGGGAUCGAAGUUCUCUCCACAGCCUUUUCUUGUCAAGGCUGAACACACUCAGCUGUCUCAGCCUGUCUCCAGAACUGAGAUGUUCCAGACCUUGAAAUAUCUUUGUGACGUCCACUGGACUCCACUCCAGCGUAUUUUUUGUCUUUCUUAUGCUGUGGGCCCCGGACCUGGACACAGCACUCCAGGUGCAAGGACAAGAUUCUGGACAACCUUCUCUAGAAGAUCCUCCUUGACCAAGGUUAUGGGCUAGAAGAUUUUGAGUGGUCCCUCCCACACUCAACAAUUCAUUGAUUCUGUGCUCCUGAGACAUGCUUUUGUUUGCUUGCUUUUGAAACUGUACCUUGAGAGCAGCACCUGUGGUAUCAGACAGGCAGGAUGAGGCAUUAAAUAUAAAGGAAGCUUUGUGCAGCCAAAGAUAAAUUUCUGUGAUGCACUGUUUGGAUACCUUAAUUCUCUGCCCUGCUUCUGAAGCUUUUCUGCAAAAUUGCAGGGAACUGAUUUGGGGAAAUGUAUUCAAUAUAUUCAAUGUAUUCAAUGUAUUCCAUGUCAUAAUCAAACAAUCAUCACAGGACAGAUCAUUUAGUUCCUGAGUAGUUCACAAUAAAAAUUAUUUUCUGCA